AUGUCCCGAGAGAGCGACGAGAAAGCCCUAAUGAGGGAUAUCGAGGAAGCACACAAGACGCGAAUCACGGCGCACCAGGGGCUAAGGGAGCAAGUAAUAAAGGCGAUGCGCAGAAAGCAACCCAAGCGGGACGAGAAAAGCCUCCAGGCUCCUUGCCACUGCCCCGUGUACAACAAUGAUCCGUGCCUCUGCCACAAGCGCGUCGCCCCGACGUACUUCAUGAAGCGCUCCGACUUUGACAUCCGCGCAGAGGACCUGCCCGCCGUGAUCAAGCCAAAGCACCGCCGGCCCCUGCUGCGCCGUGCCACCGCCUGCCUCACCCGGCCCUGGCGCGACUACCGCCGCGGCCAGGCCAUGCGGCGCAGCAUGCGGCCCAACCCCCGCCGCCCAUACGACGGCUACAUCGCCGACGGCGAGAGCGACGCCGACGAGGGGGUGGAGUUCGCGUGGCGGCUGGAGACGGCGUUCGUGCAGCCGCAGCGGGAAUGGGGCCCCGAGCAGCGACCCAACUGGCGGGCCAAGCACGUCCUCGAGAUCGACGACCUGUGGGCCAUGGACUGGUCGCAGCACCUGACCGACGGUGACAAGGUGUGGAAGUGGCAGAGCGGCAAUGUGCCGUCUGAGAAGAAGGGGUUCCACCUGCUCAAAUACGCCCGGAACAAUGACCUCUUUUGGUCGAGACUGUUAACCCGCAACCCCCUGUCCUCGGGCAGCUCCCGCAAGGACGCCGCCAAGGAUCCCGUCAGGCGGCUUCAUCGAUUCGAGAAAGAGUACAGCCAGUUGUUGCAAAUAUGGCGAAACUCCUCCAACCUGAGCCGCGACGAAGACGCUGCCGAAGCCAUCGAGGACCGGAUCAAGGAGCUCACCAAUAUCCUCAGUGACGAGUCGCGACGCCCUCUCCCCCAUCCGUGUAUAUCCUUCGCGUCUCUCAAACAAAUCUACAUCCCGAUCGCGAAAGUGGCAACCACAUCCUACAAUGAGUGGAUCAUCAAAGAGUCAGUAUGGUUCUUUGGAACCCUGAUCGAGAGCGAGGAGGAAGCCUUCGUCGAGCAGCAGGCCUUCGCCUCCAGCUUGACGAAUCUGCUGGUCCGCAUAACCGGGGCCAACAGCAUACGGCUGGCGUCCGAUACCGAAGCGCGCGUCGUGGAGCUCGCCUUCAACAUCACGACCAAGAUCAGGUUGGAUCCGACCAUACUGCCGGCCUGGUUCAAGUCUCCCCAAGGCACCGCUCAUGUCGACAGGCCACAGGAUAGUCACGAGAAGUUUGCAGGCAGGACACAGAAGCAGGAUUUCCCCCUCUUCUACCUGCUGGUCGACUACAUCCACCACGAGGGCAAAGUGGGCGACUUUGCUCGCACGGGCUUGUUAUACGUGAUCGAGGCCGCGUCCAGCUCGGUUGCUUUGGAACAAUGGAUCGUCGAGAGUGACCUGAGCACCCUCAUGGCUACCGGUCUCGGCGCGCUCUACAGUCAGCUGAGCCGGAAGUUGGUCAUCGACCACCCGCCAAGCGACCUCCCGCCCGCCCUUGCUUUCUCCGAUUACGAACAUCCCAAAUCUACAUACGAAAUCGUCAGCUCAUGCACACCCGAAUACCAAGUCCAACUGGACACUUUUCUUUCCCAUCUACUCUUCUGGCAGGACGUCUUGAAUCACUGCAGGUCGGUCGAGGUCAAGCAAACACUUCUUGAGCAUUUCCAGGUCAUUUUCCUCCAGCAACUCUUAUACCCCUCACUGCUCGAGUCAUCCGAUAUCGACGGUGGCUCCUCAGUGGCUGUUCUUACUUAUCUGCGCCGCAUCUUAGAGUCCCUCGACCACCCCGAUAUGAUUAAUCUCAUCCUGCACUACCUACUUGCACUGCCGGACAUGGUGCCCUCGGUCGAGCCGGGGACCCGGGACACAGUCAGCCUGGCAAGGAAGAGGAAGUCGAUGGACCUUGCCACCAUGAUGGCAGCGAAGAAUGACACGACUGCCACGCCCCUCCUCUUCAACCUUAUCGACCUGAUCUUGGCUUGCCUCCGAUCCCACUCGGAGCAGACCAUCCACGUCACGCUUCAACUCGUGUCGACGAUUCUUAAAAGGCAUCACCGAUACGCAGUUAUCACCUUGCUCCACACAGAGAGCACCCAUGGCGAUGGUAUACAUCGAACAGUCGGCGCUCACCAACAAGAAGUCGAGUUCUUCAUGUCUCUGGCUGGAGUCAUCGGGGGCCAGGAUAACUUUGAUGAGAUCUAUGACGACAUCCUCAAGGACACUGCCAUACGGCUGGAGAGCCAUCCGUGCUCGCUCAAGCUGGUCGCACCGAAAGUAUCGACCAACAAUCACAAAUUGCCAGCCAUUCCGGAUACCUUGCCUGGCGCUCCGCGGGACGUGAGAUCUCACACACUCCGUCCCGAAGACCCGCUUCUCAACAUUGUUCUUGAUCGCCUCGAGACGUUCUUCAUCAACCCAGUGGAGACCAACCUGUGUGUAACGGAUACCUUAUUCGAUCUGGGGGUUUGCGGCUUCAUGAACGUCGAGGGCUGGCUUCUUCGCCACCCCGACAAGUAUUUGUACGAUGAUGAGGACGACGAAGAGGAUAUUAAGGCACCAGCGGAGCCCUUGGACCCAGACUCGCCGACCUAUGCCGAGUUCAAGGCUGGAGAGGCGAUGAAGAAGUGCAAACGACGUCCUAGGUGGAAUACAUCGAGUCUCCCCAGGCUGCUCCAAGUCCUGCAAGGCCUGUCCGACCAGAUCGAAGCCUACCGAAAGACCAUACCCCGCUUUGACGAUCUUCUCCAACAGCGCCGCGAAGCCUUCCAGACCGCCGAUGCUGCAGUAGCGCUUCAAGCGACAAUGCGUACCAGGAACCCGACCGCCACUCAGCCCAGCACUCCUGGUAGGGAGAGGACCAGCCUAGAGGAGUCCCGGAAUGCGUCACCAGCCCGCCCGUCUGCACUCGAGGGCUUUGCCCAGCGCAUCUUCUCCGAGCUGGGCACGCCUAGCCGCUCUUCGAGCCCCCGAGGCCGCAAGGAGCCAUCUCGCAGCUCCGGCACUCCCGGUGGAGGUGGCUCGACAUUGUCGGGCGGGUACGGGCUCGCGACCCCGACCGCCGCCAAGCCCACGGUCAUCCCGCCGAGGGAGUUCCCCAUCAACUACGAGACGCCCUCGAGGUCCGGCGCGGGCGCCGCGAUGGCGAGGAGCUACUCGCCGAGCAGCCACGCGGGGUCUGUCGAGGGCAGGGACCCGGCCGUCGCGAGCCAGGCGGCUGCGUUCCACGCGGUCGACCAGAAGAUCCUGGCGAGGCGGGUCGGGCUGCCGCCGAAGAAACCGGCGCCGAUUCCGUUGGACUUUGGGAAGAAGUUGCCGGUUGUGCCGGGGGAUGGAGAACACGGGGAUGGUGAGGGGGAGCAGGAUGGCCAUGAUCCUUCACAGGCUGAUGAGGACACGACCAUCGAGACGCAGAGCGAGGUGCCGACCUCUGAGAUCGGCGAUGCAGUUGCGGCGGGCACGCCGCCCGAGGAGAAGCAGGUCACUGUCUCGCACAUCCUGACGAACGCCAUCAUAUUGCAAUCGUUCCUGCUCGAGUUGGCUAGCCUCGUGCAGAGCCGCGGGGCGCUCUUUGACGAAGUACGAUUCGUGUAG